UGCAGACACAUUUUAUGUCAGAGCAAACUGUCAUGCAUCAAUGAAGAAACAGAAGUAUCAAGUGUUUGUAUGCAUGUCUGCCACAGAUUCUUCCACCAUACAACAUGGGUAUUGUCAGUGUCCUAUAGGGUUAGCCCAGACUUGCAGUCAUAUAGGUAGUGUACUUUUUGCAUUAACCUAUACAAAACCACUGGAGAAGAGCUGCACAUCAAUACCCUGCACAUGGAAUGUUCCUGGCCGUGCAGUUAAGCCCAUAGGACCGAUGAGUUCCUUGCCACAAAGGAAACCAAAACUACCUGUUACAGCAACAAAGCAGGUAGCCACAUCACAUCCGGACACAUAUGAUCCUCAUCACACUUGUGAUAGAGUUGUUUAUACUCAAGAAUCUCUUCACCAUCUAAGAAAUCUGAAGGAUGUUUUUCCCAAUACAGGAAUGUCCCAUUUGUGGAAUAUUGGUGACCAUGUUCCAGAGGCCAUUCAGGAAGAGGAGAUAGAGGCUGUGGAAAAUCCAAUGUUUAUAAAGAUGAAAAACAUGAUCUACUCUAACAGCAACUGUAAGAUUUCUUUAAAAGCCAAAUGUUAUUUAUUGAUAAAAGGAUUGUAAUUAGCUUUUUGUAUUGAAAUUUAA